AGAAAACGAUGAGACGGGCCAACCCAGCCCAAAUAGUUGGUGGUGACUGGUAAUCCCAAGCUUGAGAGUGCCUGAGUCCACAAUUGUUGCGGAUCGGGUCACACCACUGAGCCCAGACCGUCGCGACGCACCUCCCAAUCCAAUCACGUGCAUCGCUACCCAUAUACACAAUUUGCAGCGCUGGAAAUAAUUCGUCCCAUUCCUUCAAAAUUCUUCCAAGACAGAGGUAGACGGAUUUUCCAGCUAUUUUAAUCCUGCUAGUUUGUUAGAGUUGAACAAUUUUACACGGAAUGGUUUUACAUGAUUUUUUCCGCAUUUGAACUGUGAUAUGAUAGUUUAACCAAUGAAGCUAAAAUAAUCAAUCAAGAUUGUUCCUUUUGUUUAUCCCCUUUUUUGCUUCAUACAAUUAUACUCAUGUAUGUCUGCUCAUAAUUUUCAGCUGUCUGAUUGGAGCGGAAAGAAUAAAGUGUAGGCAUAGGUUUUGCUUAUGGAUUCCUCAUCGAUGGAUGCUUAUCCUCAUGUUCAGGAGAUAUUGCUUGAAUUUCGAGCAGGAAAAAUGCUUAUGGAAGGAAAGCAAGUUGUCCCUGAUUCACGGAAAGGACUUGUUCGUAUAGGCAGGGGUGUGGAAGGACUUGUCCAUUUCCAAUGGUUGGACCGUUCAAGUUUGAUUGUCGAAGAUGAUCAGAUUGUUCUUCCAGAGGAAGCAGUCUUUGAAAAGGUUAAUCAAUCAUCCGCGAGGGUUUACAUUUUGAAAUUUCAUACAGAUGAUCGAAAGUUUUUCUACUGGAUGCAGGAGCCAAAAGACGACAAUGAUUCACAAUUAUGCAGCUCAGUUAACUUCUACCUAAAUCAACCACUAGAGUUUCCUGGUGAAGAAGAGCCUGAAAAUACUUAUGAUGUGGUUGAAGAAGACAUUUCAUCUAGAGCAGGAAAUUUGGUUGGCCCAAGCAUGGGCACCGAAGCAACCAGUGAAGUAACUUCUUCUGGACCUGUAAAGUUGGCUGAUUUACAGAGGAUACUAAGUAACAUAGGAUCAUCAGAUGACGCUGUAGAUCCAGAUGCUGGCUUGGGGUUAGCAGAUAUUUUGAGGCCAGAGUUUGUACUACCGUUGAUUGAAGACAUACCACUGCAACAACAACUUGCUACGUAUUUACCUGAGGGCCAAUGGAAUCGUGAGGACUUCCUGGAGUUAUUGCAGAGCCCCCCAUUUCGUCAACAAGUAGAUUCAUUUACUUACGUGCUUCGGACCGGACAAGUUGAUCUAUCUCAAUUUGGAAUUGAUCCCAGUCAAUACAACUUCACAGUUCCGUCCUUCCUCGAGGCACUGGAAGAUUCUGUUUCUGGAACAUUGCAACCCAGCAAUGCCAUGAAAGAUGGGGAUUUGGCUUCUCACGCUAGCAGAAGUGAACCAAUGGAUGAAGAUGGUCACUGAUUUCAGUUACCUUCAAUCAGUCACCUAAAUCUUUUGACCAUUUCUGUGGAGAACAAAAGGGGGGCCUUUCUGUAGGGUUGCAUCGUAGCAUAAUGCACUUCAACUUUUGGAAGGUUUGGAGCAGCUGAGUGAAUGUAAUAGAGGAAAACAUGUCAUCUGACUUGCGUUCGUAUUCUCGGUCGGACGUUUGCUAGUUUGGGCAGUAAGUUAGUUAAACUUAUAUUACACCUUGGUUAUUAAGUUAGACUAUAUUGGUCUACAUCACAACAAGUAUUUGGCACUUCGCUCCAGCUAGCUAUUUCCAACUUUUGGUAAAUUUAUACUAGGGCAACUUGAGAAUUGAGGUCAAGAUGUGGUCAAUUACAUCAAUGAAGUGUAUUAAUGUGCUUGUUAAUAUUAUUGCUAUUUCAUUAUGUCAUUCGUCUAUUAGGGUUGAUAUUUCGAUGUUCUAAAGUUU